AUGUUGACCAUGCUCAAACAACAAUCAUCGAGAGGCUUCAUCGCCCCGAGGGCUCGCCCCAAGACGCUGCUCUUUCUCGCUCUGGCAAUUGUCACCGUCUACUUCCUGGCCACACGCGGCGCUCCUGCCGGCUAUCACGUCGUCCCCUGGAACCAAGACGGCACCUCUCCACCCCCUGAAAAGGCCGCACCUCCUGAACCGCCAAAGUCGGAAGAGGAGAGGAAGCAGGAUGAGGAGAGACAAAAGCAAGAGAGAGAAAAGCACGAGCAAGAUCUGCGAGACGAAUUCGCGCGGGAGUAUGAAGCUGCCAAGAAGCUUCCCGGCAACGACGCGAUCUACGGAAACACACUUAACUCUCUGAAAGAUAAGGAAAACAGGACCGCCGAGCACGCCGCCAACCUCCGUGAGUCUGGCACGCAGGAGGAGGCCUACACCAACCAGCGACCGGUCUACUUCAACCCUUAUCCCGACUACAACAGCGAAGAAUGGAACAAGACGCAUCGCGCGCCUCAUGUGCCCUGCAUUGGUGCGACUGGCGAGGCCGUUGAUGAUCUCUUGGUCUUCAAGGGUCAUCCUGCGAAAUUCCCCAACCCGGGCUUCGGCGGCUUCGAUGUCCUGGACAUGGAUGGCAACAUUUGCUACGAGCGCGAGACCAGACUUGGACCCUACGGUCUUCUUCCUCAACUCAGCAAGGCCGGUCUUCGCAUUGACUGGGAUAACAUCAACUGGGGCGACCUUCAGGAGAAGUGUAUUGAGAGAAACGCUGCCCGCUUCGACGAGGGAAAGCCCAACGAGUACAUCAAGACUGCUUACCCCGACAUCGCUGAGAAGUACGGCAAGGAGGUCGAGGAGGAAGAGGAGGCCAACGAGAAACGAGGCCUUACUAACAAGUUCAGGGGCGGGUCCAAGGGCGCUAAGGUGACGACUCCCGACGCCCGUACUGCUGUCCUUCUUCGAACCUAUACCGGCAAGAAGUACACGGAGAACGACAAGCAGGUCAUUCGUUCCCUCAUUUCUGAGCUUUCGCUCCGAUCUGGUGGCGAAUAUCAGGUUUUCCUGCUACUGCACGUUCGCGACCAGGCUCUCGACAUUUGGAACGACGAAGCCACGUACCAAUACGUACUCAACGAGCAUGUGCCUCUCGAGUUCCACGGCAUCACCAAGCUGUGGAAUGACCAGGCUAUGUGGAACCUGUACACAGCACUUACCGACGAGAACGAAAAGAGUGUGCAUUCUGCCCAAUGGCUGUCGGUGCAGAAGUUCAGCCAGGACCACCCUGAGUUCGACUUUAUCUGGAAUUGGGAAAUGGACGCCAGAAUCAUCGGCCACAACUACGACUUCCUGAAGCGCCUCUCCGACUUCUCCAAGAAACAGCCUCGCAGAGGUUUGUGGGAGCGCAACGAGCGUUACUAUAUCCCCGAUUUCCACGGAGACUACGAUACCGACUUCCGCAAGGACGUUGAGCAGCGCACCCGCGGCAACCAGAUCUGGGGCCCGCCCAAGCUGCCUUUCAUCAACCCCGUCGGCCCUAAACCUCCUGUCGAAAACCCUGAGAAGGAGCCGUACAAGUGGGGAGUUGGCGAGGAUGCGGACAUGAUCACUGUCGGCCCCAUCUUCAACCCGAUCAACAGCAGCUGGAUCAUCUCGGACCACAUUUGGGGCUACAGAGACGAAAAGUUCCCCGACCCUGCAAAAACCCUCCCCCGCCGAACCACCAUUGUCACCCAAUCUCGUGUCUCCAAGCGCCUCUUGGACAUCAUGCAUGUUGAGAAUCUUCGUGGCAACCAUAUUGCGUCGGAGAUGACCCCUCAGACUGUCGCGCUUCUCCACGGCUUCAAGACUGUGUUUGCACCUCACCCUACCUGGUUUGACCGCCCCUGGAAUGGCACUUUCCUCGAGAAGUGGUUCAAUCCUGGUCCUCGCGGCGAGAGCGGUGGCGAGGGCAGUCCUAUGGGCUGGGGAAGAGAGCGUAGAUACCAGGGCAUGACUUGGUACUACCGCGCCGAACCCCCACCAAGACUGUACAACAACUGGAUCGGAUAUGUCGACACUAAGAUUGGCGGCAAGAACUGGGAGAGAGCGCACGGUCGUCCGUGUCUGCCACCCAUGAUCCUCCAUCCCAUCAAGGAGGUCAAGCCGACAGAACCCGGAUUCGCGACCCAGUUCGAGCUCUUCUACGGCUGA